CCAUUGGCCGGCGCCGGCGGAAGUGCCCCGCACGGGGCGGACAUGUACUUCCGGCGGCCGGGACAGCAGAGACGAGCGGAGCCGUGGAGCUAGCUUCAGUUCCACCUCCCUGGCCCUGCGAGCAUGGGGGAGAAGGCGGAGAACUGUCAGGCCCCCGAGGAGCUGCUCAAUGGCCUGAAAAUCACUGAGCCCCUGGAAGCAGAGGGCGCUGGCGCCGCGGGGUCCCCCAGCUCGGAGGAUGAGCAGGGAGAGGAGGAGCAUUUCCACGCCUGCCGGUCCUCCUUCGAGGACGACGAGCCCGGCGCCGGCCAGGCGGAGGGCAAAGCUGAGGAGGAUGCCAGCCCCACGGAACUGGACGACGAGUACCUGCUGGAGCUCGAGAAGAACAUGCCUGAGGAGGAGAAACAGAAAAGAAGAGAAGAGAGCACCCGUCUAAAGGAGCAGGGCAACGAGCAGUUCAGGAAAGCAGAUUACUCAGAAGCUGAGAAUUCUUACAGCCAAGCCCUCCAGACAUGCCCCUGCUGCUUCCAGCAAGAGAGGUCCAUCCUGUUCUCCAAUCGUGCUGCCGCCAGAAUGAAACAGGACAAGAAAGAGGCGGCCAUCAGUGACUGCAGCAAAGCCAUCCAGUUAAACCCCAGCUACAUUAGAGCAAUCCUGAGGCGAGCAGAGUUAUAUGAGAAAGCCGACAAGCUCGAUGAGGCGCUGGAAGACUACAAGUCCGUGCUCGAGAAGGACCCCUCAGUGGCCCAAGCCAGAGAGGCCUGCAUGAGAUUGCCUCGGCAAAUCGAAGAACGGAAUGAGCGGCUGAAGGAGGAGAUGCUGGGUAAGCUGAAAGAUCUCGGGAACUUGGUUCUCCGGCCCUUUGGACUCUCCACAGAAAAUUUCCAGAUCAAACAGGAUUCCUCCACGGGUUCCUACUCCAUCAAUUUUGUUCAGAAUCCUAAUAAUAACAGAUAGCAGAGGCGACGGUAGCGCCCAAAGCGGGCUUGGAAGCUGCGUGCUGCUCGCUGUGUGCCAGGGGACAGGCCCUGCUCGUGUGCCCUUGCCCAAGCGUCCUCUCCAGCGGCCGCCCAGCAGAGCCCCGGGCCCCCGGUGGCCUGGGUGGGGAGGGUGGCCAGGCCUCCCGAUGUCACGAGCCUCAUUGAUUUCCCUUCAAGGUGGUGUCUGUGCCGUCGUCCCCGUGACCUCCCUGUUCUGUCCGGGGAGCACCUUUCGCCCAGCCGGAGUCCCCCGGGCCCCCGCAGCCCUGCCGGCUGGGAGAUGCUCCGACGGGAUUCAGUUCAUGGGACGCUUGCCUGCCGCCCUGUCCCUCGGCAC